AUGCAACCUGCGCCCCCACAGCCGCAACCAAAGGCAGACCCCGGCUCCCGGAAGGCGCUUGAAGCUGCGAUGCUUCAUAAGGUACCACCAAAGUGGGCAUAUCUGGCUGGCGAGGGAGAGCCGGAGACGGCAGCGUACUACGAGCACCGUCGAUCCAUCGACCCGCUCUACGAGCAUGCCGGGGUGCUCAACAAGACCGUGCUCGUGAACCAACACGAUCGGUUCCUCAUGAGACAGGUUCCUAGUCCUGCUCCUGUCAAUCAGGCGAAAGCCUCCACAGUCUCCGUCGCUGUUCAAAGGCCUGGUGCUGGCGGUAUGCCGUCGUACAAGAUUGUAGAUGCGACAGCACUGGAGGCUGAAGCUCGCGACGGGUGGGAGCCGUGUGUCUAUCCCGAUAGCGCCUACGACGAGCAGAAUGACGACAAGGAUAUGCGUCACGUUGAGCGCAUCCAGGACGUCAGCUGCAUCGAUGAGCCAUGGAAGGACCAGCAAUGGCGUUUCCAGAAGGAAAUUGCCUUCUGGAACAAAAUUGAGGGAGUAAACUGGCAACCUGGAGAUGUACAUGACGAGACAACUGUCAAAGAACAGUCACUGUCCUUUGCGCCCUCUUUUCGGCCUCGGAGCGGCCUCUCAACUUUCGCCUCCGCGACCUCGAAUGGUCACUUUCACCUCCACAGGCGCCCAGCGCGAGUUGGCCUCGGCUGGGGAGGUUAUGACAGAUUCGACGACUGGCAGUCGUACGGGAGACAAAUCAAGCCAGAAAUGGUGCCUCAGUAUCCCAAGAAUGCACCGGCCGAGCUCUGCUUCGUGGGUGAGGAUGGCACUCGUCAAGUUUUCGAGCCUCUGGAAAAUGACGUCUCAGCUGAGCGUGAGCUUCCAGACACGCUUUACGAGAAGCUCCACGCAAAGAAAGCCGCAGCAACACGUGGUGGUGCCGUUGGUCGUGGUGGUGGACGCAGAACACCAAACCGGGGCGGACAGCGCGGACGCGGCUUCAGCCGUGAUGGCUGGGGAGCUGGGCAUCACCUCAUUGCCUACACGCUUGGCGACGAGGAGCUGUACAACGCCAUGCUUAAGACACUGAUUCUGGGCCUCAGCCGCGACUCAGAUGGCGACCUUGUUAUCAAAGCAGGUGUUAGGUUGAUGGAGACGGCGCUCCCCGCAGCACUUCUUGAUAAGAAGCUCCAUCAGAUUAGUGUUCUGCGUGGCGAUAAAACACUGACAUGUGGAGCAGAUAUUAUCUGCGAGACCAGAAUGGUGUUGCUCGACACGCUUCUCACUAGCAUCUCGAAGGACAUCAACCCAGACUCCACUUUCGAGCUCUGCCGUUUUCACAAGGAUGAAGACCAAUGUGAAGCCAUGCAGUCACGAAGCAGCUCAGGCCAGCGUCACCCGCCUACCUGCACACUACUUGCCCGAGAACCAAAACUAGGGAGAGGUCUCAGACGCAAGCUGACACUAGGGAGAAAUCACUACUCGUUCCACCACAGCCGAUGGUCCCAACCCGCGCUUCAUGCAUCGAGAUUCCACCUCUGCCAACGUUCGAGCCCAGAGAUUGCCUCAUUCCCGCCCAAACCUUGGAAGCUACAACCGUACUCUGCUCAGCAUAGCCAAAAGUACUAUCGACAACCCCAGAUGACACGUGAAAGGUGGGGACGAAUCGCUACACGAGAUUCGAGAGACUCGGGCUUGGCAUUAUACAAGCAGAUUGGUCUGCAGCGGAGGGCAGACCGAACCACAGCAUUGUCUGCUCAGCCGUCCGCAUUCUAUCGGUGGCGCAUGACCCGCCAGUGGCUGCUGCUCCUUUCGAUUCCUUUACAGUUCAUUAAUGUCUCCCAGCAUUCAAGGGUUGUCUGUCUUCGUCUUUCAAAACGCUAUCGCUACCCCCAUUGUAUUCUCGUGUUCAUGGCUACUUGCAACAACAACGUCCUACGCUUCUCAUCCAGCAUUCACCAGGGGUCGCCUUGCGUGACAGAGUCUGUCGCCCAAAAAUACAAUGGCGGGCGCUCAAAGCCAACAAAGCUGCGAAAUUCAAGAGACAUGGUUAAUGUUCUCGUUGGUGGAGCAGAGAUCGCGGCUUCCAGCUCUGCUAUGAUACUGGCCUUGCCUGUCUGGGGCGCGAUGCUUCGUGGUAGCCUCAAGCUUACAAAGAAGUAG